AUGACCAAAAGAUGCAAGGGUACUAUGCUACUCAAGAACGAUAUUGCCGUGUUGUUGUCGCUUUCUGGAAUCUUGAUUCUUAGCAAAGAUAUUCAGCAUCCUGUGCUUAAUAACUGCUUCAACACAAUCAAAUAUUCUACUCUUGUAGAUUUGUGCUGCCAAGAGUUCUUGUAUCACUUGCCUCUCUUCCCUUUGCAGUCUUAUGUCGCAUAUUCAGCUGUUGUGCAAAAGUUACUAAACGAUGGCUAUGACUACCGCGAAGAAUUUCAAGAAGAAAUGAUGAUGAUGAAGAAGAAGGAGGGUGGACCUCAAAAAAAAAUCCUUGAUGCUCUCAUUCAUAUUGCUCCUGAGGUAGUGAAGCCCUUGAAGAAGAAAGUUAGUGAGCUAGAUCUGUGUGCAUCCUUCGUGCAACCCUUUGUCGGCCGCCUGUUACAAGAAAAGAACAACGAUCCUCAUCAGUCUGAUCGUGUUGUUGAUGAGCUGGAAGAGAUAGAUGAAAAGUGCCGUCCAGAUAUCAAAUGCUUAGUCUAUGAAGGUGAAAACUACAUCUUCACCAAUGCUUAUGGUGAGGUGAAGCCAUCAAAUAUAUAUGAUAAGCACCUCUUGAACUUUGAUCUCUACAAGCUUGCACUAUAUGGAAAAGAGAUGUUACAGAAGAGCAAUGCCAAGAACAUCCUUUGCUUCCAGAUCUGGGGUGGUGCUGGAAAAGCCUACAUAAUGAAGUUAGCAUGCAACAAUGUAUGUACAAUCACUCACUUUUGCGACUUCCGAAUUCCAGUAAAACUCAAGGACAUGGACAUGUCAUUAAAUGAUAUGAACAACCUCAUGAGAUUUGUCUAUGUGUACAAAAAGUAUUGCUUUGAAAAGCAAAGUUCAACAGAAAAAUUCUUGAUGCUACCUUCCCUCUCACUCCCAUUAGCAACGUUGUUUGAUAUUAUCUCUUCUGAAGCCAGCAAUAAGAAAAGAAAGCUCAAUGAAUAA